ACAAAACCAAAGGGAAAAAAAAAGCAAAGAAACAAAAAAAAAAAAAAAACGAACCCUACUCUAAAAAUAUCUUGCUGCCCUCUAUUCUUCCCCCACUUCGCUAUGAACACGUAGCUGUGUGGGCAGCUGUGGCUUUGUCAAAGCGAGUGCUGGGGGGGGUGGGGGGGGCAGACCGUGCCUGGGGCCCUCGAGGUCCCCUCGAGGUCAGCGGGGUCCUGGAGGCUCUCCCCGCCGGGGGGAGGCCGGCCCCAGGUGAGCCUCCACCUGCCUGCCCGGGGAGGCUGGCGGCAGGGGGGGCUCCUCCGGCCCGGCCUGCAGGCAGGGGGCCCCGGCGCCUUGCAGCGGGAGGCAGGGGCCGCCACUCGCUCCCCGCCGCCUCGGGAGGGCCCGGGGGUGUCCCUGCUCCUCGCCCUGCUCCUCGAGCUCGCAGAAAAGGCUUCCAGCAGGACAUCAGGAUGAAGCGGUUCAUGGCCAUGUUAAGGAGGAACAAACACAAGGAUCCCCCACCCACCAAGCUGCUGGAGCUAGCGGGACAGCUUUGCCAGGACCUCCAGAGCUCAUCCCCUAAUCUGGAGAAGCUGGUUGGGGCCGUGAUGAGAUGCAAACAAAAGAUGCAUUUUCUCUCUAACAUCCACAUUGUCCGAGCUUGUGUGUUUGUCCACAUCCGCAAUGGGCAGCAUGACACAGCCUGCAGGCUCCUGGAGUGUUGCAGGGCAGAAGAGAAGGAGGAGCUGGUGCAACUUUGGCAUGAGAUUCACUACCAUAGGGUUAUGGAGAAGCACCACAGAGAUUUUCUGACACCACUGCAGAAAUUUCGUUGCAGGAAGAGGAAUCCUCCACCUAUUUCCCUUUGUCCUGAGGGCUUGAAAAAUCGAAAUUAUUCAGAUGAAGUACGCCAGCAACUGUACAAAUUUGCUGCAGAGGUGACAACAAAUCCAAGCAAGAAACAAAGGGAGGGAUUGGCUCAGGACAUGAACCUGCAGCCAGCUCAGGUCUAUAACUGGUUUGCAAAUUAUCGACGACGUCAAAAAUCCCGCAUCCGUCGUGAGGCAAAGCUUAACUACUUGUGCCCUGAGGGGACCUUGACGCACCAUGCAAAGGAGCAGCAGGAUAGAGGAUCCUACACUCCACAAACUGCAGGUGGAUCUUAUGUAGGCAUUGGCUCUGAGCAGACGGAGAUAAACCUCAUGCCCUGCGACCCAGGGUGGGAGCAGUCAGCUACAGACCUGGAUAAGUCUCCAGAAGGAAUGUAUUUAAAGAUGCUGGAAUCCAGCUUUAUUCAGAGCAGUGCACUGUGCGAACCAAGGACAAGCAAGGCGAUGACGACUCACGUCACUGAACAACCCGUAGCUUUUUUCAGUGAAGCUGUGCUGGAACCAGGAACCUGCUUUAACUCUGCUGUCCUGCAGCCCAGAGAAGCAGGAAGCAGUACUGAUGCUGGCCCCCAACUGGAUAACUUUGUUGUGUGCUCUUGUGGGUCCCUUAUCUUCCCAGGUGAACGUCUGGCCAUGGGGCAGGCCCCUUCCAACACCACAGGAGUCUCUGGCUCCACGUGGACCCCAAAUAUAGAAGUUCCCAUCAGACUGUGGCUGGCAAGCCUCAGUGCCCACCAGUUUCUGCACCCUGCACGGAAGAAAGCCAAGCCAUGGGACAAGGCCAGGUGCUGGAGGAUCCAGUUGGUGACCCAUUAACCGAUGAUACAUUCUGGGCAGCACGGCUGCUCUUUGAAUUCUCAGCUGGGGGACGAAUGUGACCUGCCUACAGCGAUGCUCAAUGUGGUCUGCACUUCUCCAGGAAACACCCUAUUCUUUCUUGUUUUUCUCUCAUUAAUUUUUUUUAAAUGAACAAGAAGUUUGACACGGAGUUGAGGAACAGAAAGAAUGAGGUAGAUGGAUGAAGGCCUUUUCUAAUAGUUGAAGUUGGUUUUAGUUUUAUGAAGAAUUUUGGAAAGAAUAUAAGAAACCAAAGGUACAUUGCGGAUUGUAGGUUUUCACUAGAGCAGUCUGAAGCUGCUCUGUAAACGUUAAAAUAUCAAGUCACUGAUUAUGUGGCAGUUGCAUAGUUCUACCUAUAGCACUGAUCAGAUGAGUCCUUCAUUACACCAUGAAGGCAUACGAAUCUCUACUCAGAAGGAAUAAAAUCUUAGUUACAUUGCCCAACAGUUGGAUAUUGGAUAUGAGAUAAAGGUUAUCUCAGGCAUGGAAAAUAAGGACUGUGCUAAGUGCUGGCAAAACACUGCUGUUCCUCUUCUCUGCACUUCUGUUGUGCUGCUGGGCAUCACUUUGAAAUGUUCCAUGCUCUGUAGUGCUGUAGGAGACACAGCCUGGAGCAUGGCAGAAAUUACAGUGCUAGAGUUGCUGUUCUUGCAGGACGGGAGGGGGGGCAUACAAGUGCAUCGGUAGCUAAUGCUACCUGCAUCUGAUCGCUAGCAAAAGGCGGAUAAAUGGAGAGGGUGGGAGCCUCUUGAUCCAUUUCAGUCUCCAGAUCUGGAUGGGCUGAAACUGCACAGGCAAUUGUGUCACCCUUCAGGUGGUCUGCGGCAGUGUGACGCUCAGCAGCAGCAGGUGAGCGCAUCCUGUUCGCCCUGCAAUGCAGAGUGAGCUGUGCAAGGCGUCUUUGAGCAGAGGCUAAAGCUGUAUUUGGCUGAAGGCUACUUACUCCACAGGGGAAGGCAGUUCCAGCUGUGACCCACCUGGGGAGCGUGCACAACUCUGUGCUUUUUGCCCAGUGCUUUUCCGUGUUUAACCCAGCCUGGAGGCCUCCUGUCGCACUCACUGCCAUGUGCUGCUCACAGACCAGGAGCCCUGCUCCUUUUCUUUCAGACUAAAAAGCAGAAUUGUGUAUAAGUAGCAAAGCAGGCUUUUGAUGCAGGUUUAAAAUUUCUGCUGUAAGUCAUCGUGCAGUCUUUUAGGUACUUUCUGUAACUAUUACUGGCAUUUUUUAAAUAGCAAGGGAUUGCAAAAGGGGUAAUCUUUGUCAAAUCUGCUGCCCUGAGAUGAACACAGUAGAUGCCUCCAGAACUGUUUGUAAUAGUUAUCAAAUAAAGGUUAUGAAUGAC